AUUAACUGGUUCCUCAUUUGUAGACAGAUGAAAAAUCAGAAUCCCUGCUUUUUCUCUGUUCUCAGAAACUAGCUGACCCCCACUCUGAUAUUAGUGGUCCCACCCAUUCCUGCUUCAUUUAUUUACUAUUUACAUAUUUAAUAAUUUUAGAUUUUUUUUACUCUUUGCUACAAUAUUCUUUUCCAUCUCAUAUGUAAAACACGUUUAACCCAGUGAAAAGCAUUCCCCAGUUAAUAUGUUGCAGAGAUGCCCUUAUAAUGACAUCUAAAAGUUAGUGUUUUAGUUCCUCCCUUAUACCAGAAUAUAUUUAGUGGGUGACUUAGAUUAUAAAAGGCCAGCUUUCAGGAUUACUUAGGUCCCUGCUUCAGACAUGGUAUUGUCUCCUCAGUUUCUUCAAAUAAUAUUGAUUACUUGCUUCCUUCUUUCAGGAACAUUCAGUCUUUUAGCUUCCAAAGGAAAUUACCUUCAAAUUAUUCAUUAUUUCUCAAAAUGAUAGGUAAGUAAAAUAGGUAAGUAAGCAAUUAUUCCUUGGUAAAGCACCACACCAUAAAGUAGAAAAAUAUUUUUUGGUGGGGUUAAUGCCAAUGUCUCAGGGAAGAAAACACAGUUCUACUUUUAAAGCCCUUGUCCAACCCCUUCCCCCAUGUCCCUAUGAAACAUUGUACUGUGUAUGGGGUUAAACAUAAUACAUCCACGUGAUCAGGUUGUUAACAAGAAGCUAAAGUCCAAGUAAUAAACAUAAUUUACAAGGAGGGUGAGAUAAAACAAGGAAGAACUUUGAGAUUGAAUCCUUUCAGUGAUGGCAGUGGCUCUUGAUCUGAGAGAUGAGCUGAGCUGCUCCAUCUGCCUGAAUCUUUAUACUGAUCCUGUAACCCUGCCGUGUGGCCAUAACUUCUGCCUGGGCUGCAUUGGGACAACAUGGGAGUGCCAGAGGAAUAUAGGAGAAGCUCCUUCUUGCCCAGAAUGUAGGCAGAAAUACAAGCAAAAACCCGAACUGAAAAAAAAUCUGAGGUUGAGGAACAUAGCAGAGCGGUUCCUUUCUGCUGAGCCAGUGCCAGAUGGGACAGGGCUGAAUAGAAAAUGUUCUGCACAUGAUGAGCCCCUAAAGUAUUACUGCUGUGAGGAGUCUGUCUGUGUCUGUGUGUCCUGCUGUCUGGCCGGAGAGCACAGGGGCCACAGGGUGGAGCUGCUGAGUGAGGCCUCUGAGAAGAAGAAGAAAGAGAAAGUGAGGAAAGUUGUGGAGAAACUGAGGCCAGAGAGAGAGGAGACUGAGGGGCAAAUCCAGAGACUGCAGGAGCGCAGGAGAGAAGUGGAAGAAAAAGCAGCCGGUGAGACAGAGAGAGUCACUGCCCUGUUUAGAGACAUCAGGGAACAGCUGGAAACCCUAGAGAAGCGACUCCUGAGUGACAUCUCCAGCCAGAAAGAGAAGCUCUCACUCACACUCACUGAUCUGAUGGAGCAGCUGGAAAUAAAGAAGGACGAGCUGUCCAGGAAGAUCCGUCACAUUGAGGAGCUGUGCAACAUGGCAGAUCCACUCACUGUCCUACAGGAACGGGAAUCACAUGGAGCUGCAGAUAAUGAGGGGGGCAGAGAGAGACAUGAUAUAAAGGUCCCUGCUGUAGGGGAUCUGGAUGUGGAUCUGAUCUCAGAGACAUUACUCACAGGCUUAGCUGCCAUUGGGACUGGGGUAAAGGGAAGAGUAAUCCCUGGGCAGGAGGCUACAGACCUGUUACUGGAUAUAAACACGGCUGGUAAUAAUGUAUCUGUAUCAGGGGACAGGAAAUCUGCUUCUUACUCGCAUACAGAACUACAUUACCCACAAUCCCCAGAGAGAUUUACUGAUUAUACUCAGGCUUUAAGCAGCAGGAGUUUCCCCUCAGGGCGACAUUACUGGGAAGUGGAGGUCAGUGAAUCAGGUCGCUGGGGAGUAGGGACGGCCUAUCCCAGUAUAGAGAGGGAAGGGGAACAGUCCUUGAUUGGGGAAAAUAACAAUUCUUGGUGCUUGCACAGAUGGGGUAGUAUCUAUUUAGUAAGACAUGACAGGGAAGAAACUGUUUUGCCUCAAAAAGUCUUGUGUCGGAGAAUCAGGAUCUCAUUGGACUAUGAGGCCGGACAUCUGUCCUUUUAUGAGCUGAGUGAGCCAAUCAGACACUUACACACCUUCACUGCCACAUUCACUGAGCCCCUCCAUGCUGCAUUCUGGGUAGGGUGGGGUAAUACUUGGGUAAGAAUUAUUAAGUAGCAAAAGCCAACGUUGUAUUUUUGUUAUGGAAGCAAUUUUAACUAAUAGACUAAUGCUAAAUGUAUUCUCUGUCCUGGUAGGAUAGUCCAUCUGACCAGGAUAUACCCUUUUGGAAACUUUAGAGAUUAGUCACUAACUUCCCCAUUCCCUUUCUCUGUCCACAAAUCCAAUCAUUCUCCAUCCCAGCCCUCUCUUCCCUCCCAGUAUCUUUUUGUAAUGCCCAACCUCUGCUCCUUGCUUUUGGGAUGGUUUGUAUUUCUACUUGUGACAAUGUGAGGGAGCCAUGGGGAGAGCUCUUCCUAUAAGGUUACCAAUGCCUUUGGGAGGGAAGUAUUGGCCCAAAUUCCUAGUUAAUAAAAUGGGAUGAGCACAUUCCUCUUUGGAGGGUGUUGCUGAGGAGCCUCGGAGCAGAAGCCAGAGUUUUAUAAGGUUUUAGUCAGUGACAGCUACAGUCCCUCUUGUAAUUCACUCUAGAGGUGUAAGUCAGGAGAGCUUAGCAAGGGCUUGACUCAAAGAAGGACUGAUGAAGAGGAGGUAGCUCUCCCAGGUCAUCGCUUGCCUAAAGUCAAGACACACUCUACUCGAAAGGGAUUGGAAUAGCUUUAUUUCCUAAAAUGUUGCAAUCUGGACACCAGUAGGUUUCACUCUACUGCUAAUAUUAAACCUUUCUAACUCUUACCUAAAUGUCACUUCAUAGUCAGGCUCAUGUGGAUUGACUGUUCUGAGUGAGUCUUACAUUUGUGCUAAAUAAAAGCCUUUUAUUCUCCAAUAAUAGCAUUUAAUUAUACACCACUGUGAGGGCUCAUGUAAAAGGGAGGGUUGCAUCUGUAACAGUGUUCUUUAGAGAAAAGGUGAUUUGGGCCAAAAAGGUUUCAGACUGGUCUGCUGUGCAGGGAAGAAGCCUGAGCUUUCAAAGGUCUGACAAGGGGAGGGCAUCCAAACCUCCAAAAAUCAACAUCCACAUAGUGGAAAUUCAAUGAGAGUUAAAUAAGAGAAACGUGAAUGAAUGAAAAACAAGCAAAAACACUUAAUUACCCCAAAAAUUAGAGAGAUGGACCAAGGCAGAUUGUUACUGUAUGCGAGUAUCCAUCUACAUGAUAAAAUAUGAAAACAUCAGCACUAACAGGUCUUUCCUAAAGUACAAAACUUUGUAUUGGAAACGAUCAACGUUAUGAUGUAGGAAGAGGGAUAAUAUUGGAAUCUUCAGGGGGAAACUGUUUGUGGAUAAAUCAAAGUCCUGGGAUGUUAAUGUUUCAUUUGGAGAGGGACAGAGUAGUGAGUUGAAUAUGGAAAACAAGUCCAUUAUUAUUAUUAUUUAUAAUUGUGAUAUAGUAACUUUUUUUUAUGGUUUAAAUGUUUUUAUUGAGAUUUUCCAAUAAACAUACACAACAAUAUAAGAAUAAACCAAAAUUCAAGCUGCCACUGUAUGUGGUGAUCAAACCUCCAGAGGAAUUGGAUUCAGAAACCCGUGAAACACGUAGGAGAGAGCUCUUAUGUGGACUUGUAAGAUUUUACCUACAUUGGACUCAUGAACUUAUCAUGAACAAUUUGAAAGCCAUAUGACUUUGAUGGAGAAUGUGAGUAGCCACUUUUAAACUUUUGUAGAAUUUCCAGCAAAUAAACCUGAUUACGCUA